UUUUUUUGGUUGCUCAAGAUAAUGCUGAUCAUGCUUUCUAAGCAUCUAUUAACUUGUUUUCCUGGAAUUCCUAUUGAUUUUUUUAAUGCAAUUUAAAAAGUGUGCUGAGGUAAAUAGCUAAAAAUAUUGAAAAACAGUCUUUGCUGAAAAGAAACACAUCUUCCUCAUCUUCAUUAUUGAUAAAUCUCUGAGCCAAUAUUAUUGUUACUUUGAAAAUUGUAAGUUGGAAGACUGCUUUUUGGAUUAUUGGAUUAUUUUUGGAUUUGAAUUAUGAUCAUGCAUUUUAGAGCUCUAAAAAAAUGAAGCAUUUUGUUUUGAGUAGCAACCCAAAAAUUUCACUAUCCUGUGGCUUUUAAAUUAAAUUAAAUUUUUUUUGUUUGGACGUGUUUCGCUAAAAUCUCAGAUAAGUGGUGUACCUACUGUAUAUCUUACCAUUAUUAUAAAUCCUUUAGAGUUGGUGGUUAGGAGAGUGUGAUGAGCUCACGUUGAGAAUCCCUAGCUUUGCUGGCUUCCAGGUGUUAAAAAAUGAGUGUUUAUUCAUUUUGAGUGUGAGAUUCCUCUCCAGUUCCAAGAGGUGACCGUCAGUGUCAUGUUAAAGCUCACAAGUUGUUCUUGAAUAAAUUCUUGUACAUCAAAAUACAAAGUUAAGUAUUUCACCUACCUACUCUGAAGUGAAAUUUUAAAAGAAAAGCAACUAUAAUGUAUACAUUUUACUCUCUAUUUUAAAUUUUAAAUUUCCUUUUAAAUAUGAAGGGAGAGCUAAACAAAAGAAACACAACUUAAGAAAAUUCUUCAUUUUAAUGACACUCAAAAAUUACCUGCUGUCUUCUGAGCAUUAAUUCAGUUCCAACAUGUCCGAGUCUGGCUUGUUUAAGAACACUGAAGUUAAGUCAUGGCAGAGUGUGGUUUCAUGGAGAAGCUCAGGCUAAAGGGUGUCUUUUCCAAACACUCAUCUGCAUUUCAUUAGAUACCCACUAUAAUAAAUUAUAUGAUGCACAGAAGUGGAAAUUUUUAUCUUUACUAAACUUGUCAAAAAAAUAUUAGGCUCCUAGAAAUCACUAUUGGAAUCACUGAAAGAUAAGACUGUUCACAAUCAUCCUUCAGAAACAAAGUUGAUUCAAUACAUUUUACAGUGAUGACAAUGAAAAACAAAACGGGACUCUCAAGUAAGUAGUUGGUGCACUUAAAAGCUUGAGACCAUAGCAAUUAAUAUAAAGCACAGAGAUACUAUACAUUAACAAAGUUAGAACAUGCUUCUUAAUUGUAGAAUUUUUGAACGGUGGGCAGUGCUUGGCUCUGUACAAAUAUGGCUUCCACCAGGGAGCUUUCAGUGUUGUUCAGAUGCAACACAUUGGUCUGACCUUGAGGUGUGUUACCAAAAUCUUAAGAGGUCUUGGUGCUUACCAGAACCAACUGAAGAGACAGCCAUCCAAUAAAAGUAGGGAGACCCUUAUCUAGCAGUAACUCUUUUUAUAUGGGGACUACAGCAUUGACUGAAACUGCUCAUUGCAAUAUCUGUGUAACUCACUGAUUAUUUUUACGUUGUACUCACAGAAACAAGUGAUCACCUGGCAUUGGAUGCUAAUAGCUUAAUCUAAUAGUUAUGAAAAUCUAAGGCAAUCCAACAGUUGUUUACUUUUUUUUACAUACCCUUUGCUCACUUACUAAUGGCUAUUUUAUCUUAAUUUUUCUACGUAAGCCUUUGAGUCUGCCAACUGCUGGACCACUAUUUGACAUUAGCUCCAAAGUUAACUGCUUUGUAUUGGGAGACCUGUUAUGUCCUUUAGUUUGUCAGUGCGCACUUAGGGAACUUCUAGUGUACGUCAGCAGGGUUCACAUAGACAAUUAGUGCAUGGCAUAGUUGAGUUCUCCAGAUUUACACCCCAGCUUGCUAUGCAGUAAGUGCUCGUGUAGACAUGCUCUUAAUUUGAAGUUCUGCCCAUCCCUUUCUAACUGACUUUUUUUUUCUUCCUUGUUAUUUAGCUCAUGCUAGAUACUUGGAAUGAGUCCAUAUUUUCAAAUAUAAAGAAUCGACUUCAGGACAGUGCAAUGAAGCUGGUCCAUGCUGAAAGACUAGGAGAAGCUUUUGACUCUCAACUUGUUAUUGGAGUUAGAGAAUCAUAUGUUAACCUUUGUUCUAAUCCUGAAGAUAAACUUCAGAUUUAUCGAGAUAACUUUGAGAAGGCAUAUUUGGAUUCAACAGAGAGAUUUUAUAGAACACAAGCCCCUUCUUAUUUACAACAAAAUGGAGUACAGAAUUAUAUGAAAUAUGCAGAUGCUAAAUUAAAGGAAGAAGAGAAAAGAGCAUUAAGGUAUCUAGAGACAAGGCGCGAAUGUAACUCUGUAGAAGCGCUUAUGGAGUGUUGUGUGAAUGCUCUAGUGACAUCAUUUAAAGAAACUAUUUUAGCUGAAUGCCAAGGCAUGAUCAAACGAAAUGAAACAGAAAAGUUGCAUCUAAUGUUUUCACUGAUGGAUAAAGUUCCUAAUGGAAUAGAGCCCAUGUUAAAAGACUUGGAAGAGCAUAUUGUUAGUGCCGGACUAGCAGAUAUGGUAGCAGCUGCUGAAACUAUUACUACUGAUUCUGAGAAAUAUGUAGAGCAGUUGCUUACGUUAUUUAAUCGAUUUAGUAAGCUGGUUAAAGAAGCUUUUCAAGAUGACCCGAGGUUUCUUACUGCAAGAGAUAAGGCAUAUAAGGCAGUUGUGAAUGAUGCUACAAUAUUUAAACUUGAAUUGCCAUUGAAGCAGAAAGGGGUUGGAUUGAAAACACAGCCUGAGUCCAAAUGCCCUGAACUGCUUGCUAAUUACUGUGACAUGCUGUUAAGAAAAACACCACUAAGCAAAAAAUUAACCUCUGAAGAAAUUGAAGCAAAACUUAAGGAAGUGCUUUUGGUACUUAAAUAUGUGCAGAAUAAGGAUGUUUUCAUGCGAUACCACAAAGCUCAUUUAACAAGACGUCUGAUACUAGAUAUAUCAGCUGAUAGUGAAAUUGAAGAGAAUAUGGUGGAAUGGCUGAGAGAAGUAGGUAUGCCAGCAGACUAUGUAAACAAAUUGGCUAGGAUGUUCCAGGAUAUCAAAGUAUCUGAAGACUUGAACCAGGCCUUCAAAGAAAUGCACAAAAAUAAUAAAUUGGCCCUACCAGCUGAUUCUGUGAAUAUUAAAAUUUUAAAUGCUGGUGCCUGGUCUCGAAGUUCUGAAAAAGUGUUUGUAUCGCUACCUACGGAAUUAGAAGACCUCAUCCCAGAAGUAGAAGAGUUCUACAAAAAGAAUCACAGUGGCAGAAAACUGCACUGGCAUCAUCUUAUGUCCAAUGGAAUUAUAACAUUUAAGAAUGAGGUUGGCCAGUAUGACUUAGAGGUAACAACGUUUCAGCUGGCUGUGCUGUUUGCAUGGAACCAAAGACCCAGAGAGAAAAUCAGCUUUGAAAAUCUUAAACUGGCAACUGAGCUCCCUGAUGCAGAACUUAGGAGGACUUUAUGGUCUCUUGUAGCAUUUCCAAAGCUGAAACGUCAGGUUUUAUUGUAUGAACCUCAAGUCAAUUCGCCCAAAGACUUUACAGAAGGAACCCUCUUCUCGGUGAACCAGGAGUUCAGUUUAAUAAAAAAUGCUAAAGUUCAGAAAAGGGGUAAGAUAAACUUGAUUGGUCGGUUGCAGCUCACUACAGAGAGAAUGCGAGAAGAGGAGAAUGAAGGAAUUGUCCAGCUAAGAAUAUUACGAACACAGGAGGCUAUUAUCCAAAUAAUGAAAAUGCGGAAGAAAAUUACUAAUGCUCAGCUUCAGACUGAACUGGUAGAAAUAUUGAAAAACAUGUUCUUGCCACAAAAGAAAAUGAUAAAAGAGCAAAUUGAAUGGCUUAUAGAGCACAAAUAUAUCAGAAGAGAUGAAUCGGAUAUCAACACCUUCAUAUACAUGGCAUAAUUUGAAGACUCUGUAAGAUGAACACAAACUGAAGGGUGCUUGGGCAAACAGCUGCAACAGUUUUUGUGCUGGAGAAGGACUCAUUUAGACUUUCAUUACAUAUUAAAAUCCCUGCCUUAUCUUACAAGAGGACUAUAUUUUGCCAAUCUCAUUCAGCUAGCAUGAUGGCAUUCCCUUCAUGUUGCACACUUUUAACAGCAUGCUGUUUUGUGGGAAACUUGCAUUCAUGAAGAGCCCAUUAUGAGCUUUUUAAAGUAGAUUUGAUUUACACCCACCAAGAAGAAUACAGGUUUGGGUUUUUAGAUGAACAGUACUUGCACACAAAAAAAGACCUUCAAAUACUCAUGCACUGAGGAACUGCUAUUAAGUUUGUUUUUGUUUUUAAAUGCAAUUAGGACUAGAAGUAGCACUUUCACUUUGUGUUUUGGAUCAACAGAGUAAAUGUACUGUCCACCUUUGGUGAUCCUUUUUAUGUAUAACAUUUGAGAGAGACACAGAUGCAUCACAAUAGAUAUGUAUUUGUUACAGUAACAACCUGUUGGCUCAAGCAGUGCUUCAAUAUAGUAACUGGAUUUUAAUAUUGACAUAGAAGUGACAUAAAAAUAUUUCCAACUUGUGGAUGUUGUUUUUCCUUAAGCAGGAGAUCAUUGUUUUAUAUCGUUUGCAGUAAACAUAAGGAUAUACAUUGCUUAUCUUAUCUGAGCAGAUUGUUUAUUGCAAUCCUUUUGAAAAGGUGAAUCUUUCUUCCCCAUAACUGUUUUAUGGCUGGGUCUGUUAUAGUGAACAGAAAUAUUAAGUGUAUUCCCUUGUACAUUUAAUAUUUGUAUUCCAUAUGUUUGAAUAUAACUACAUACAUCUGAAGGCAUUAAAAGGUAACUGAUCCAUAAGUCCCUUGUGAGAUAAUAACCCUUUGCAAUUUCUGUACACAUACAGUAGCAUCAUUUCCAGGUAUCCAAUGGCUUUGUUUUAGGGUUUAGACUCUUAAUUGCCUAAAAGUCAAUCUCCUUUAAAAUAAAUAAAUUCAUAAAGCAACAGCUGCCUAUUGAUUUGAAGUGAACAGGAGAUGAAUAAUGUAGCUAAAGGAGACCUACAAAGGUUUAAGGAAGAAAAAAUACCCAGUUUUAGUGUGUGAAGAGAAAUUGUCAAAAUUCCUGAUGUGUAUUUGGUAAAUUUUAAAUGUUACUUCUGCCUUCAGCCAUGUUAAGUAACCUCUUGGUAAUAUCUAACUCCCUCUCAAAUGUUCCAGUGUUUAUUGGACUGAUGACAUCAGUACCACUGGAGCAGAGAAUCUGCUUUGGGGAGGGUGGGGGUGUGUGGAAAGUAAGUCAGCUUUUACUCAGUGUCAUGUCAACUAACUCUUAGUUAGAUGCUAUCAGGCAGCCUUGCAACAACUGCCCUGAAAAUUUACCCAACCCAGGCACAAAAUAUACUUGUUUGCUUUUGAUAAUCGAUAAUGGGGGGUCCCCCUUAAUUUUACACACUCUUCCAAAAAACAAACAAACAAAAAACACAACAACAACACAACCCUUUCCGUAGGUGAAUGAGGAACUGAAUUUUCCAUGAUUGCUGUAAUGUGUAAAAUAAGAGCAUCUUACAAAAAAAUAAAUUGCGGGGAUGGUCUCUUACUGCCUUCAGCCGACUAUGGGUUUGUCAACACUUCAAAUGCUGCUGUGGCACAGCUGUGCUGCUGCAGCACUUCAGGGUAGACACUACCUACGCCAUCGAGAGGGAGUCUACUGUUGGUGUAGGUAAUCCACCUCCCUGAGAGGCAGUAACUAGGUCAACAGAAGAAUUUUUCUGUCAACUAGUUCUGUCUACAGUGGGGGAUAGGUUGGUAUAAUGUGUCUCAGAGGUGUGGAUUUUUCACACACCUGAGAGAUGUAGCUGUGCUGGUGUGAACUAGUGUAAACCAAGGCUGUGUGUCCUACCACUGAAGUAUGUGCCAAUGCGAGUUCCUUAGAACAGUGCAUAUUUGACUUCUUGCUGAAUAAGACAACUUCAGCUGCAGGUAGGCUUCAUGGACAUGCAAGAGAGCGAGAAAAACUGAUACGUGGCAAUAUAAAACUCAGAUUGAAAUCUCACUGCAUACGUUUAUAUGCCUUUAUUGAUGCUUAUAAAUGAGUAGAUACUGUGAAAAUAUAUUUCACCUUCAAGGUAACAUGAGAUUUUUAGCCCUAAAAUGUUACUAUUCAGAAUUAAAAGUAAAUGGUGCUCUCUGUAUUUUGCCAAUAACAUGUAUGCCAACAUUUUAAAUUUAGAAAACGAAAUUUAGUUUUGUUCUAAGAAUAGAAAUCUUUUUGUAUAGUGCCACAAGAUUUUCAGCAUUUGUAACUUGAUAUUAAGAGUAAUGCUCAUUUGGGAAUAAUUGGGAAAUGGCGAACAAGCCAGAAUUUUAAAAUAAUUCUAUUAUGAUGAUCUGAGCACUUAUUUUGAAUAUGUAACAGUUUACAACAUUAAAUCAGAGAAUAAUAGCCAUGAAGUUUUGUCCCACACAAGCAAGUUAAAUAUAAAAGUGGGCAAUGCUAAUUUCUAAGCCCUAACCAAAAUCUAGGAGACAACUUUGAGAUUGAUUUUCAUAAACAGUUAUGUCCCAAUUCACUUUGCAUCCAGACAGCAACAAACUCUUAAAUGCUAGUUAUUUAUAUUUCUCCCUUCCCCUCCCACUAGCAUAUAUUAAAAUUAUAACCUGUAAGUUAUCUAAAUAUACUUCAUUAUUUGGAUGAGGAGAAUUUAUAAUUAACAGCAUGUCUAUAACACUGUUACAUUUUCCUUAGGUUUAUAUUUGAAAAUAGAUGUUAUGUUAAACAAACACACAAAAAAACUUCAAUCUGAGAAUCACACUAGCAACUUCCUAAAGAUGCAGAAUCACAUUUAGCAUCCUUCAUCAGGUUACCUUCACGAACAUGCAUUUAAAGCUAAUAUUAUUUGAGGCAUAGGUAGAUACUUGCGGUAAAGUGUUUUGGGGAUGGGAGGAGUUCUGAUCUAAAUAAAAAUGAGAUUUUUCACUUGCAAUAUGGCAACAAUGCACUUUUAAAGCUGAAGUUUAGCAAUGACUAUAUAUCUCCAAAGACCUAGCUUAAAGAGUUGCUGCAUCUGAAACACAUGGUGCCACUCCUGGUGUCACAGUGAAUAGGUAUGGAGUAAAACUGACUAUGGAAGCGAAAAUACAGUUUGUCACAUUCUUAAUGUCUCAUUGAAUUAAGAAACAUUGUUAAAUCCUUCUCUGUCCGAAUAACUUAAUGAAGAUCUCAGUUUUAAUUCUGAAGUCUUUCCACUGUUAGUGUCCAUAGCUUCUGUUUAGUUAUCUAAUUCUCUUGCACUUGUUUUGAGCAUAAUACAAUUACAUUUCAAAAACAAAGCAAAUGGUGGCUUCCUUGUUUUCACCUUUUCUUAAAUGUGUAAUACGUUCUGAAUAGUCAGCAUGUAAGAUGCAUAUUUUAAAAACACAAUGGGGUGAAAGAUAUGAUAGUUUUUACAGAAAGAUUUGCUGUCUUAGAGUCAAACAGUUUUCUAUUUUCAUCUAAAUGACUGGGAUGCUAUCUUUGUAAAUUCUUCAAGGUCAUAUGAAAUAUUCUUUGUGAAAUAAACAAUACAUGAAAGCUUUCCUGUCAUAUACACUAUAUUAGUCUGGUGUGUUGAGCAAGCUUGAGUUCCUAGGUUGUAAUAUCAAUCUACAUAUGGUAUUUACAAUUUUGAAUGUGUGCCACUACAUACUGAGAUAAUAAUGCUGUACAAUUUUGAAUGGUAGCAGUUUCUUUAUGGCAGUCCGGCUGAACUAUUUUGAUGUACUGCUUAAUUUUUGAAUUUUAUUUUUUAAGUUGUAUAAUUUAUUUUCUUGCAAAAUAAAAAUGUAAUAUAAAAGACUA